GUGUAUUUUUGGAAGUUUCAGCAUUUCAGCAACAAGAUAGAAAAAUACGAUUUAAAAGGAAAGGCCCGAUGUGUAGCUUCAGGACAUACUGCUUAAAUUACUAAAAUGAGUCUGCCACAUUACUGUUUAUUUCAUCCAGGUAAAAAUAAAAUUGUCUCCGAUAAAGCUUGUUAGUUUACACUUUACAUUUGUCCCCUCUCUUUAUAGGGGUGUCUCCUGGUUUUGUGGUCAGAACUGAGUAUAUUUGUGAGCCAGUAUGGCGGACUGGAACUUGUUGGGGAAGCUGCUGGAGAGUGCCCAGGUACACUCCACCGUUGUGGGCAAAGUCUGGCUGACAGUGCUGUUCAUCUUCCGAAUCUUGGUGCUGGGAGCCGCCGCUGAGAAGGUGUGGGGCGACGAGCUGUCCGGCUUCACGUGUGACACCAAGCAGCCCGGUUGCCAGAACGUCUGCUAUGACAAGACCUUCCCCAUUUCUCACAUCCGCUUCUGGGUCAUGCAGAUCAUCUUUGUCUCCACACCAACUCUCAUUUAUCUGGGCCACAUCCUUCAUCUGGUGCGCAUGGAGGAAAAGGAGAAAGAGAAAGAGAUGAACUUUGCCAUCCAGAAUGAAAAGCAGCAGCAGUUACUUGGCAACAAGGCCAAGAAGGAACCAAUUAAAGACAACCAGGGCCAUGUGCGUUUGAAAGGGGCACUGCUGAGAACCUACGUCUUCAACAUUGUUUUUAAGACCCUGUUUGAAGUGGCCUUUAUUGUAGCUCAGUACUUCCUAUAUGGUUUUGAGCUCAAGCCGAUGUACACCUGCGACCGCUGGCCUUGCCCUAAUGUGGUGAACUGCUACAUCUCUCGACCCACUGAGAAGACGAUCUUCAUCCUGUUCAUGCUGGCUGUGGCCUGCAUCUCCCUGCUGCUCAACCUGGUGGAAAUGUACCAUCUCGGUUUCACAAAGUGCCACCAGGGCCUUCGUUACAGACGAUCACAUGCUGCAAGUGAGAAUCCCAAGGCCCUAACUGAGGCGGUCAUGCCCUUUGUCCCAAACUAUAACUACUUUGGCGGUCAUCCUGCGGUGCCUGAACCUUUCCCUACAGACACAAAGUACAGCAUGGCGGAGCCGAAUUCUGCCUACAGCCCCUACAACAGCAAAGUGGUUUACAAGCAGAACAGAGACAACAUGGCUGUGGAGAGAAAAGGUAAAGCAGAGGGUGAGGAAGAUGUGAAGGAGGGGAAAAUCUCCAGCCCUGUUUUUGAGAUGCCCGUUGAAAAUGUGCGCCGCUACAGUCAGUCAAGCAAACACAGCACAAACAAGAGCAGGCUGGAUGACCUGAAGAUUUAAGGACAUUUUGUGUUUGUAUCCAAGACUCAGGAAUCACAUGGCUGUAGAAAUAUUUGAAUGAUUACAGAAGGCUAUGAGGGACAAAACUAUUGAGUGAACACAACAGAUUAAAGCUGUGAUCAAUUUGCAUGUCAAGAUUUGAGAGAGAACAGGGACAGAUUUGUUAGUGUAGAACAACUGUUGAGAGCUAAAUCUGCAUUUUUUUCAAUAUGGUGACGCAUUUUACUCUCACUAUGAGUUUGCAUGUGACAGAUACAACUUUGAAGAUAGUAAGCAAAGGAAGCUCCACUUCUCACUUAAAUCACAAGUCUUAAUUCCUCUCAUGGUAUCAAAUCAUUAACCAUGCUCACAGUUCUUUGUUCGCACUGUUUUGUGUCUACAAAUCUGCUCUUGCACUUUCUGAAAAGUUAUAAUACUCAAAUUUGUUUGCACUUGCUAAAUAGUUUUGACAUUGAUGAAAUCUCAUAUUUGUGGGACAUAAGGAUGCAGAUAACUUAGGAUGUGUUUUGUUUACAAGCAAUUUACUUAAAGUAAAAAAACUGUGAGGUACAAGAUGUCAAAAGAUAAAACCUUGUGUCAGACUCAUAUAAACGUGUCUCUUUCUGCAGUUUAAAUAUGUGAAAUGUUUUGGGUGACACUUGGUUUUAUCUUACUGUUUGUUGUAAAUGUGGAGCACGCACAAUGCAUUGCUCAACUCUACACAACUUAAAAGGCAAAAUAGACAGUUUAGAGCAGCAUAAUC